AUGUUGGAGAACUGCAGCAGCCUUGUCUUCUUGGGUUAUCAAAUCAUCAAACCUGAUGUAGCUGUCAAGCUGGACCAAGAAGAGUCACAGAUAACAGAUGAAGGAAUCCUAAGUCAAAACUUCUUAGACAGAGUCUUAUCAAGAGUCUAUUUAUGUAUGGAAUGUGGUAAAAUUUUUAACAAGAAAUCACAGCUUACUAUACACCAGAGAAAUCAUACAAUAAAUAAACCUUAUGGUUGCAAGGAUUGUGGGAAAGCUUUCUCUCAGAAACUGAAACUUAUCACUCAUCAAAGAACACAUAAAAGAGAAAAACCCUAUAAAUGUAGUGAUUGUGGAAAAGCUUUCCUUUGGAAUUCAGAAUUUAUUCCUCAGCAGAGAUCACAUAGAGGGAAGAAUCCUUAUGUAUGUAGUGAAUGUAAAAAUGCGUUCAACAGGAACUCCCUUCUCAUUAGGCAUCAAAGGACUCACACAGGAGAGAAACCAUAUGGAUGCAGUGAACACAGUGAGGCCUCAUCAGAACUUAUUAAACAUCAGAUGACUCAUACAGGAGAGAAGAACUAUCAAUGUUGUAAUUGUGAAGAAGCCUUUUUCAAAAAGUCAGAGCUAAUAGAUCAAAAAAGUCACUUAGGAGAGAAACCUUAUAGAUGUGAGAGUGGAAAAGCAUUCUUUGGAAAGUCACAACUCCUAACACAUCAGAGAACUCACACUGGGGAGAAAUCCUAUAAAUGCAGUGAGUGUCGAAGGGCCUUCUCCCAGAAGUCAAGCGUGGUAUCACAUCAGAGGAUACAUACAGGUGAGAAACCCUGUGAAUGCAGUGAAUGUGGGAAAACCUUCAGUGAGAAGUCAAGCCUUAUUCAUCACCAGAGAACCCACACUGGAGAAAAGCCUUUUGAAUGUAGUGACUGUGGGAAAGCGUUUGCAUGGAAAACACAGCUCCUUCGACAUCAGAGAAUUCAUGCAGGUGAGAAACCCUAUGAAUGCAGUGAGUGUGGGAAAGCAUUUGUUCAAAAAGUGCAGCUCAUUAAGCAUCAGAGAAAUCAUACAGGAGAGAAGACCUAUAAAUGCAGUGAUUGUGAAAAAGCUUUCUUUGAUAAGCCACAGCUUAUGCUUCAUCGGAGAAUCCAUACAGGAGAGAGACCCUAUAAUUGUGGUGAAUGUGGGAAUCUUUCACUAGAAAAUCACAUCUUAUGA